AUGUCCUCUCCAGAGGACAUCUCACGCGCACGUCAACUCAAAGAACUAGAGCCCUUGCACGAAGCAUGGUCAAACUUCACACACGCUCGUCAGUCCCUGGAAGAAACACUACCCCUCAUGCAAGACCCCGACCCAACCAUGCGCACCCUUGCAUCCGAAGAAUUCGCCUCCCUCACCAACACCCUCUCCACCCACAUCUCUACCACAUUUCCCUCUCUCCUCGUUCCUCCAUCAUCUACGCGCGAUUUACAUGCUCUGCUGGAACUGAAAGCCGGCGUUGGCGGGUCUGAAGCAGCUUUAUUUCUGUUGGACCUCCUUCGAGUCUACGUUCGGUAUGCUGCUUCAGUCGGGUGGCGAACAAGUAUCAUACAGAGCAGCGAAACCGAAAGCGGAGGGAUGCGCGAUGCUAUCCUCGAGAUUAAAGGCGAAGGUGCUUAUGAUGCACUGAGGUGGGAGAGCGGUGUACAUCGUGUGCAGCGCGUCCCCGCAACGGAGUCCAGUGGGCGGACUCAUACGAGUACCGUUGCAGUCAUAGUUUUGCCGCUAAGCGAAGAUGUUGAAAGUACUAACGGGAACGACGAACUCUUCAAAAUGGAAGACGUGAAAAUCGAGGUGAUGCGUGCACGUGGCGCAGGGGGACAGCACGUCAACAAAACAGAGUCUGCAGUCCGUCUCACACAUACACCCACCGGUAUCACUGUUUCAAUGCAAGAUGAACGGAGUCAACAUCAGAACAAGCGUCGUGCUUUUCAAGUUCUACGCGCUCGUCUGAUGGACGUAAAGCUUACUCGAGACAUUGCCAACCGCCGAGCGACUCGUCGGAAUUUGGUGCGCACCGCGGACCGCAGCGAGAAGAUCCGAACGUACAAUUAUGCGCAGGAUCGUGUGACAGAUCAUCGAAUUGGCCUAUCCCUCAUGAACCUCACCAGCUUCCUGGAAGGUGACGGCGUGCAGGAUUUCAUGGAUGCAUUGCGCCGAAACUGGCAAGAAGAAAUAAUGGAGGAUGUUGUUGGAGAGCCGGAAUAA